AUGAGCGCUAUAGCAAGAAAGUGGUGCCAAGGAGAAUUUAGUGCCAAGGUAGUGACAACAGAUGAAUAUAGUGACGAUGGUGACAUAGCUGGAUAUGGCAAUGAAAGUCGCACCGGAGGAGAAUAUGGUAGUGAAAGUCAUGCCGGAAGAGAAUAUGGUCGUGAAAGUGGUGUCGAGGCAGAAUAUGGUCGUGAAAGUAGUGCCGGAGAAGAACAUGGUAGUGAAAGUCAUGCGGAAGAGAAUAUGGUCGUGAAAGUCGUGUUGAGGCAGAAUAUGGCAAUGAAAGUCGCACCGGAGGAGAAUAUGGUAGUGAAAGUCAUGCCGGAAGAGAAUAUGGUCGUGAAAGUGGUGUCGAGGCAGAAUAUGGCAAUGAAAGUCGCACCGGAGGAGAAUAUGGUAGUGAAAGUCAUGCCGGAAGAGAAUAUGGUCGUGAAAGUGGUGUCGAGGCAGAAUAUGGUCGUGAAAGUAGUGCCGGAGAAGAACAUUGGUAGUGAAAGUCAUGCCGGAAGAGAAUAUGGUCGUGAAAGUCGUGUCGAGGCAGAAUAUGGUCGUGAAAGUAGUGCCGGAGAAGAACAUGGUAGUGAAAGUCAUGCCGGAAGAGAAUAUGGUCGUGAAAGUCGUGUCGAGGCAGAAUAUGGCAAUGAAAGUCGCACCGGAGGAGAAUAA